GGGACAAGACCAUUUUCUACAUACAUCACACAUUCACCUAUAUUGGGCACACGAUUUUAAUCUCGGAUUAUUAUUGAUUACCUUUUAUUUUGAAAAGAACGCUGCGGACUGGCAAAGUAACAGUAUUCCAUCAAUGAUAUACCUCUCUGAAUAGCGGGCGGGAGGUGGGUCGUGGCCCAAUUCACUUCCUUAAUCCAAGAACUCCAUCACGAAACGGAGGGACGGCGGUGGAAACGUUUCUCAAGUUUUUCCUUAGGAUAUAUUUAUUUAAUUGAAACCACUUUUGGUGACCAUGGCUGCUCUUUCAGCCUGGUUUUGGAACGAGAGAUUUUGGCUCCCACAUAAUGUGACUUGGGCGGACCUUGCAGACCCAGCGCCCGGGGUGGAGUAUCCUAAAGCCAGUCACUUGCUCUCUGCUUUACCGCUGGCUUUGGGGAUCUUUGCGGUCAGAAUAAUAUUUGAGAGGUUCAUAGCCAGACCAUGUGCCUUCCUCUUGCAUAUCCACGCGACCUCAGUCCACUGGCGAGCCACACCCAACCCUGUCCUGGAGAAGGUGUUUACAUCUAUCACAAAGUGCCCAGACUGGCGACACCUGGAUGGGUUAUCUAAGCAGCUGGACUGGGAUGUGAGGAAGGUUCAGCAAUGGUUCAGACACAGACGCAACCAGGACAAACCCAGCGUACUCACCAAGUUCUGUGAGAGCAUGUGGAGGUCUACAUUUUAUCUGUGCAUAUUUACCUAUGGCAUUCGUUUUCUAUGGCAGUGCCCAUGGAUGUGGGAUACACACCACUGCUGGUACAACUACCCCUACCAGGUCCUGACCCCAGGCCUGUACCACUACUAUGUGACUGAGCUGGGCUUCUACUGGUCCCUCAUGUUCUCUCAGUUUACUGACAUCAAACGCAAGGACUUUCCCAUCAUGUUCAUCCAUCACCUAGCAACAGUGAGCCUGAUCAGUUUCUCCUACGCUAACAACAUGCUACGUGUCGGGAGCCUGGUGAUGUGUGUCCACGAUGCAUCAGACUUCAUACUGGAGGCAGCCAAGCUGGCCAACUAUGCCAAGUACCAGCGCUUGUGUGACUUCCUGUUUGUUCUGUUUGCAGUAGUCUUCUUCAUCACACGGCUCGUCAUCUACCCUCUACGGAUCCUGAACACAACGUUGUUUGAGAGCUGGGAGAUCAUUGGUCCAUACCCAUCCUGGUGGCUCUUCAACUCCCUACUGCUGGUGCUACAGGUGCUGCACGUCAUCUGGUCCUACCUCAUAGCCGGGAUCGCCUACAAAGCCUUGGUUCGAGGAAAGGUGAGUGGGAUGUAGGACUGGUACAGGUUAGAUAUAGACAGGUGAGUGGGAUGUAGGACUGGUACAGGUUAGAUAUAGACAGGUGAGUGGGAUGUAGGACUGGUACAGGUUAGAUAUAGACAGGUGAGUGGGAUGUAGGACUGGUACAGGUUAGAUGUAGACAGGUGAGUGGGAUGUAGGACUGGUACAGGUUAGAUAUAGAC